UGCUGUACCGCUUAAAUCAUUUGGGUGGGAAAUUGGGGGCACCGCCGUACGCAUCCAUUCUCCUAGACAACUAGAAUACACAAGCUAGCUAGCUAGUUUGCACCUGUUGAGACCCCCGUUCGCACCACCUUUGCACCUUUUCCGCCGGCCGGCCGUUCGCCAUAUGGAGUCCAACGGCGGCGAGGGAGAGGGCGACAUCGACCUCAACCUCUCCCUGCAUCGGGCGUCGUCGCCGGAGCCGCUGGGCUACUUCACCUGCACCUACUGCAACAAGAAGUUCUACUCCUCCCAAGCGCUGGGCGGCCACCAGAACGCCCACAAGUUCGAGCGCAGCGUCGCCAAACGCACGCGGGAGCUGGCUGCCGCGCGCCGCCACGGCCACGUGGGCCAGGUCGGCGCCGGCGAGGAGGCCAGCAGGAGAGGGAAGGACCCGACCAGCAAUGCCGCCGGGAGCUCCUCGCACAGGAGGGCGUCUCCGCCGGAGGCAGCCCGCCGGGACCUCAUCACCGAGGAGAUCGAUCUGUCUCUCAAGCUCUGAUAUUACUGUGUCGAGGUUCUUGUCACUGCAAACUUAUGGUCUAUUCGCCUUAUUACUGGGUUCUUGUGAUUUCUUACUCAUUUUAUGUCUAGAAUGAAAGUAUGAAACCUCGCAUAGAGCUUCUUCUCC